GUUGUACGUCAUUGCAACGAUCCAAAUCUAUUUGUUGUGCUCCCUGAAUCAAGAAUGGAUAGGAAAGCUGAAGUUGAUAACCUCGAAACGCGUCUUGAGACGCUGGAAAGUCGUAUAUACGGUGAAAGAAGGAACAAGGGAGGGAAACCCGUGAAGUGCGCCGAUUCCCUCUCCAGAGUUCAGGCCGCCCUUGCAAACACUGCAAAUAAGAGGGAACGAGUGAAGAUUCUACACAAAAAGAUUGAAGACCUGCUGAAGUAUCUGGACCCUCAGUUCACUGACCACAUCACUGUUCCUGAUGCCAUGAAGCUGGAAUUCAUCCUUGCUGAGGAGGACUUCCUGCUUUCCCAGGCCACCCUUCUGGAGCAGGUCAGCAACCUCCAGCCGCUAUUGGACAGCAACUACAUCCGAGAUGUGCCAGAGCAUGCCACCAAGCUACAGCGUUUGUCUCAGAUUCACAUCAAAGAGCAGGACCAAACUGAGGCCCAGUCCCUAGAGGUGAAGAAGCUGUUUGAGGAGUACAACAAAAUGAUGUUCCUGCUGUCCAAGCAGUUCACCCAGUGGGAUGAGAGCCUGCGGAACGUGGAGGAGGCCAAGGUCAUCCGUCAAGUGGAGUAGCGACCAUGUCCAGUGAUGACCGUUAUGACAAUGUCACGGCUUGAUGUCAUCCGUGUGUCCUAUAUGCAGCUUAAUAUAACUUGCUGGAGAUUAUUGUUAUUUAUUUACAGCUACAUCUAGAGACAUUUGCAUAGCUUUUUUUUUUUUGCAACCUUCUUGUACAUUUAUUCAACAUACAAUGUACCCAUGCAUUCCAAGUCUGCAACACUGCUCCAGGCAGUCACAAGACACUGCUUUUUUUCUGGGUCGCUUGACAGAAGAAAAGCAUAGAGAAGAAUUUGCACACUAACUUAUUUCUUCUUCCACAGUCCUGGUUUUAAAUGGUUUUAAAUCAGACAGCAUGACCGCAAAUGUAAAGUAAUUGCAAUAAAAUCCAUAUUAUUCAACUUGAA